AUGACGUGGGAGCAUGCUGGAUCAGCCUCAGCUCCAGAGGCGGCCAGUGGGGGCUGCAAGCGCCCGGAGCGAGGGAGGCCGAGGGACAGGGAUGCCAGGACGCGCACCACGGGCACGAGCCACUCCGCCCGGCUUCCCCCCGAGGCGCCUGGCGAGCCCGGCCCCUCGGGGAGGCUGCCUCUCUCUGAGAUGCCACCUCCCGGUGCCCGUGACCACCCGGUGGCCGCUUUCGGUUCCGCGCCUUAUAAGGACUGGCAGGGGGUCACGUGCGUCCCGGGCCGCCCGCCGGGAGGGGCGGCUGGGGGAGGGGCAGGCGGCAGGAGGAAAGGGGAGGGAGUCGGGGGCGGAGACAGCAGCGAGGGGCGGAUUCUGCGGCCGUGGGAGGCGGCGGCGGCGACUCGGGGUUCCGAGCGCUCGCGGUUGAGCCAGGGAGCGGGACGCAGGCGCCGGGGCAGCGCUUCCUCCAGCGCCCGGGCUCCUCCUCGCGCGCCGCCCGGAGCGCCUUUGUCCGGUCGGCUGGAGCUCUUCCCCGAAGGGCCUCUGGCGACGGUCCUUCGAGGACCGUUUCCGCGCUUCAUCCGCUUCCCAACUUUGCACUUCAUUCCCGAGUGUGGCGCGGCGGCUUGGGGAGAGGAGGCGGCGGGGCCGCGCGGUCAGCGGGUGGCGCCGGGAGGAGACAGGACUCACCUCUUGACCGCGCCCUGGCAGUCACCUGGGCACGCAGGUUUCCGAGGACCGCCGCCUGGGGAGGCGAGUAGCCUGCAGAAGCCAGAGCCACGCCUCCGACUCCGGUGGCCGCUCUGCCCCGGGCUGCCCUGGUGGUCAGGGGAUCUUGGUCCGAGAUCCAGCGGGGAGUCAACUUCGCUUUCGCCUGGAUUUCACAGCACACGCCACGCGGAGGUUGAGUCAUUUUAG